AAUAGCUCAGCUUUGUUCACGCACCAAGAGCAGAGAGUGUUUGGCUGUUGGUAAUCCAGCUUCGAAGGCUGAAAAUCGGUGGAGAUAACAGCAGCGGGUGGAUUUUGUUGUUCGAGUACUCUUCAGGUUCUGCUCGAUCAAUCUCCUCUAUUGAUCUUUUUUGGUCAAUCAACACAUGAUGUACGGCCAAACAAUAAGAAGCAAACUGAGUUUUCUCGCUCAUUCAGAAGAUCCAAAUUCCGAAGUGUCUUCCUCGUCGACCCCUCCGCAUGGAGGAGAUUAUGAAGGUGGAGAGGAACAGCAGAAAGGGAAUUCCUAUGAAGUGUUCUUGAGCUUUAGAGGGACAGAUACUCGUAAAGGCUUCACCGAUCAUCUCUAUACGAACCUUGUUAAUGCAGGAAUUCACGUGUUUAGAGAUGAUAAUGAGCUCCGUGUUGGUGAGGAGAUUGGCCUUGAGCUUCUACACAGUAUUACACAAUCUCAGAUCUCGAUCCCCAUUAUCUCGGAGAACUACGCAUCCAGUAAAUGGUGCCUUCGCGAGCUAGCUGAGAUGUUGAAGUGCAGGAGAAGUAAAGGGCAAAUAGUAUUGCCCAUAUUUUACAAAGUGGGACCCUCGCAGGUACGGGAUGUUGCAGGGCGAUUAAGAGAUGCUAUCAAUACACAUAAAGGGAAUAUGGACGAAGUGAAGGGAUGGGAAGAAGCACUCAAAGAAGUCAAAUCCUUGAAAGGAUGGGAAUCCAAUAAAAUUGAUAACGGGUAUGUUAUUCUCCAAGGAACUUGGUUUAGUUUCUCAUUUAUCAUACUUGAAACAAAAUAUAAAUUUUAUCAUCACAUAUCAAAUUUUUUUUUAUUUUUAUAUGACAGGCAUGAAGCAGCAUUAGUUGCAGAGGUUGUUGGAAGAGUUAUGAGUGAGUUAAAAAGACUUUUUCAGCUAAAUGUUCCUGAACAGUUGGUGGGAAUUGAUGAUCGUGUGGAACAGAUUUUGAAAGAGAAAGAUUCUUGGAAAAAUGGUACAUGGAUUAUCGGAAUUUAUGGAAUGGGAGGCAUUGGUAAGACAACUCUCGCAAAAGUGUUAUACAACAAACUCUCUAUUGAUUUUGAGGGUCGUAGCUUUGUGGCAAAUAUUCGAGAAACAUUUAAGAACGAGGGUAUCAAAUGCCUACAAAAGCAGCUCAUUUCUUCUAUAACAAGAAAACCGUGUGAUGUGUCUAACGUCGAUGAGGGAAUUGGCUUCAUCAAAUCUCAAUUUUCAAAUAAAAAAUGCCUCAUUCUUCUUGAUGAUAUAGAUGAUAAUAAUCAGUUGAAAGCUUUGACCGGAGACGGUAAUUGGUUUAAAGCUGGAAGUAUCGUCAUCAUAACAACUAGAAACAGGAAUAUUCUUGACGAGGCUAAGGCAAGAUUGUACCCACUCAAUGAGUUGCCUUUCAAUCAGUCAUUGAUCUUAUUUUGUAGACAUGCAUUUGGAGAGGAUUCUCCUCCAAGUGAUUAUGAGGAUAUAUCUCAUGCUAUUGUAUCUACAACUGGGAGGCUUCCCUUAGCUCUUGAAGUUAUGGGUUCAUUCUUACAUGGAAAGGCAAAAGAAACAUGGAAUGAUGCAUUGAAGAAAUUAAAGAAAGUGCCUGAUAAGAAAGUGCAAGAAUCGUUGAGGAUCAGCUAUGACACAUUAGAUAAAGAAGUGCAACAAAUAUAUUUGGAUAUAGCAUGUUUUUUUAUUGGAUCAUCCAAAGAAAUUCCGACUUAUAUGUGGGAUGUCUGUAGCUUUUUGCCAGCAAAGGGGAUUGAAGUAUUGAUUCUUACAUCCCUAAUCGAAAUUGAAAAAGACGACAAACUAAUGAUGCACGAUCAACUACGAGAUCUUGGAAGAGAAAUAGUUCGUUUAGAAAAUGAAGAAAAGCCUCAGGAGCGCAGCAGAUUAUGGGAUAAGGAGGAAGCCAAAGAUGUGCUUGACAACAACAAGGGCACUUGUAAGAUCGAGGCCCUCCAAAUUGGCAAUGGCCGAGGAAGAAGGUACACAAGUGAACAAUUCAAAGAACUGACCAACUUGAGGUUCCUUCAAAUGGAGUUUGCGGAUCUCGUUGGAGACUUCCAGAACUUGCUUCCUAAUUUAAGAUGGCUUCGGUGGCAGCCUACUUCUCGGAAUUUCGAAGCGGUGAACUUUCAUCUGGAGAAAUUAGCCGUGCUCGAUUUGUCUAAGAGUGGGAUUUCAAAGGACUGGGGAGGAUGGGGUCCACUCAAGCUAGCAACCAAGCUCAAAGUUCUGAACCUCUCGAAGUGUCUUUCUCUAAGAAGAACUCCCGACUUGUCCGCUUUUAAAAGCAUGGAGAUUAUGAUUCUUGAAGAUUGUAAGAAUCUGGAAGAGAUUCAUCCUUCUAUUGGGGACAUCAAGACCCUCAUCUCCUUGAAUGUCAAGAGUUGUCAUAGACUGAAGGAGCUACCGGUAGGAGUAGGUAGAAUGGAAGAAUUGAGGGAGCUUAUCUUGGAUGGUACUGCUAUACAAGAGAUUCCUAUUUCAAGAGAUUAUUGGAAGAAGCUGAAGACGCUAAGUGCCUCAGGGUGUGAACGACUUGCUCAACUUCCGGAAUCUUUGGGCUCCCUUGGGUCGUUAACUCGGCUGAACUUAUCUAGUCGAACGAUUAAAGAAUUACCAGAAUCCUUGGGAUCUCUUGUGUCGUUAACUCAGCUGAACCUAUGUGCGACAGGGAUUAAAGAAUUACCUAAAUCCAUUGAUUCUCUGAAAAAGCUCGAGACUCUUAAUGCCAGUUAUUGUGCAUCAUUGGCCCACAUACCUAGCUCCCUAGCCAAUCUAACAUCUCUACGGAACUUGUUAUUAUGUGGAUGCGGCUCGUUGACAGAAAUCCCCGAUUCGAUUCAUAAGUCGACAUCAUUGACUAAGCUGGAUUUAAGGUGGACAAAGUUUGCAGAGUUAAGCAUUGGGAAAUUGCAAAUUUGAGGAUCUUGGACGUUCGUGGAACUCAUGCAACAGAAUUGCCCGGUGCCAUCGGAAUGAGAGAGAAAAUGUUCGAGCGCACAAUGAUGAACUGAUGAAGACAACUCCUCUAGCAUCUUUACGGCAUUGCCUGGUGCCAUCGGAAUGUUGGCUCGUUUUCUGGUAUAAUUUCAUGCCUAAGUCGCCGUAAGAUUUCUGUGCCUUUCUCUUCUUUCUUGAGCGAUUGGUGAUUGACAUUGAAAAUACAGAAAAUUGGAACUGAGUCAGAAUGAUGCCCGAACGGAUCGCGGGAUAGGGUGGAAUAAAUGUGAUGUAGUAUGCUCAUACUCGUGUCAUUUAAAAAUUGAGUGUUUGGAAUCUUCUUUGCAUUAACCAUACUUCGAAUUUUCGCGAUAUAGACAAAACAAUUGGAAAUAGAUAGC